AAAGAAAAGGACAGGAACAAAGAGGCGCAAAGAAAAGGCAGUUGGCCGGUUUUCCUUGCUUUGUCACUUCCCAUCUCCAAUUAAAGCCAACGUCUACCUUCGUAAACUCCGCAAGCCUAACCUACACACCCCCUGCGCAUUUUAUAAAACACCCAAACACUCACCACGGCGUAUUGAUAUCACACAAACGUUUAUGCAAACAGUUAUUCUUCACAAUCGGCACACUCUUAUCCUGCGCACGCGCUUCCUCUCCUCCAAUUCGCUCCUCGCCGUCGCCGCCGCCGCCGCCAUGUCUAUGAGCUCCUCUCUCGCUCUUCCUUCUGCUUCUCUCGCCCUCUCCGGCUCCUCCAAGUCCUCCAAUUGCUCCCCCCUUUGCGGUUUCGGAAAUGGAUUCCGGAGCUGCGGUGCCAGAAACCUUGGCCGAUCUCGCGUCUUCAUGAGCGUCUCCGUCGGAUCGCAGACCGUCGUCCACGACGGCUUGUUUGCCGAUUACAAGCCCAGCCUCGCCUUCCUCUUCCCCGGCCAGGGUGCUCAAGCAGUUGGAAUGGGAAAGGAGGCACAAAAUCUGCCUGCUGCUGCAGAGUUGUACAAGAAGGCAAAUGAUAUUUUGGGCUUUGAUCUUCUUGACGUUUGCAUCAAUGGACCAAAAGAGAAGCUAGAUUCAACUGUUAUAAGCCAGCCAGCUAUCUAUGUUACAAGUCUCGCCGCUGUAGAGUUGUUUCGUGCUCAGGACGGAGGUCAGCAGAUAAUUGAUUCUGUUGAUGUUGCAUGCGGUCUAAGUUUGGGAGAGUACACUGCUCUCGCCUUCUCUGGGGCCUUUAGUUUCGAGGAUGGCCUCAAGCUUGUUAAACUAAGGGGAGAAGUCAUGCAGGAAGCUGCCGAUGCUGCCAAAAGUGCUAUGGUCAGUGUCAUAGGACUGGAUUCGGAUAAGGUGCAACAGUUGUGUGAUGCAGCCAAUCAAGAAGUUGAUGCGAAUGAAAAAGUUCAGAUUGCAAAUUACCUAUGUCCUGGGAACUAUGCUGUAUCUGGAGGUUUAAAAGGAGUGGAAGCUGUCGAAGCAAAGGCAAAGUCAUUUAAAGCUCGCAUGACGGUGCGUCUGGCUGUUGCCGGUGCUUUCCACACUAGUUUCAUGGAACCAGCUGUAUCGAGAUUGGAAGCUGCAUUAGCGGCAACUGAGAUCAGAACUCCUAGAAUACCGGUUAUCUCCAACGUUGAUGCACAGCCCCAUGCAGAUCCCGACACAAUUAAGAAGAUAUUGGCAAGUCAGGUGACUUCUCCUGUUCAAUGGGAAACAACGGUCAAGACUCUUCUAACCAAGGGGCUGCAGAAGGGCUAUGAAUUGGGACCUGGAAAGGUCAUAGCCGGCAUUGUGAAGAGAAUGGACAGAGGUGCAGACAUUGAGAAUGUUGCGGCUUGAGAAGACAACAUCACCUUCCUUCUUCUGUAGCAUCCCGACUACUAUGAGAUUACAUCAAUACCAAUUGCGACAUAGCUAAAUCCGAAUAAUAUCCAGAGUCCAGCCGCCAAACCAUGAAUGGCAUUUGGAGCAAAUUUUUGGGAAGUGAGACUAGUUUUAUGGAAUCCAUAAACAAUAAUGUUUUAAUCAUGUAGCAUGAUGUGGUACUUCAAAUUGGAUUUAUGUUGGUGUGAGACUGUCAUGGACGACUUAAGCGUAUAGUUUGUUGAUUUGUAUGAAAUUAGGGUUCUAACCCUCAUGCGUUUCGGUA